AUGGGCGAAGAGAGCUCCAGCUGCUCGGUGCCCCGCCUGCCCUGGGGGUCCUUCCUGCGUCUUGCUUUGCUCCUGCUUCUCAUCGGUAUGGCGAUCUACUGCUUCCUCUGCAGAUCGCGCUUUGCACAGCAGCAGCAGCAGCAGCAGCAGCAGCAGCUCGGGUCACCCGGGUGGGACAUAGCCGAGCUCCAGCUGAACCACACAGGAUCUCGACAGGACCCCAGGCUGCACUGGCAGGCGGGCCCAGCACUGGGCCGCUCCUUCCUGCAUGGACCACAGCUGGACAAUGGGCAGCUGCGUGUCCAUCGUGAUGGCAUCUAUCGGCUUCACAUCCAGGUGACACUCAUUAACUGCUCCUCCGCGUGGACCACUGUGCCCCGUGGGGCCACCCUGGCUGUGGACAUCUGCUCCCCUGCCACCCACAGCAUCAGCUUGCUGCGCCUCAACUUCCACCACAGUUGCACCGUUACCUCCCAGCGCCUGACACCCCUGGCCCGUGGGGACACCCUCUGCACCAACCUCACACUGUCAGCACUGCCGUCUCGAAACGCUGAUGAGACCUUUUUUGGCAUACAGUGGGUGCACCCCUGA